AUGCUAGAUAAGGAAGGACAUUUGAAUAGGAUGUUCUGGUGCGACUCCCAGUCUCGUCAUGACUAUGAGGACUUCGGCGACGUGCUUGUAUUUGACAGCACGUACAAGAUGAACCGCUAUGGUAUGCCAUUCAUACCUUUUGUUGGUCUUAACAAUCACCGGAAAACCACUGUUUUUGGUUGUGCCAUAGUUUCGGACGAGACCGAGGAGACAUACGUGUGGCUUCUGCAGACUUUUUUGAGGUCCAUGUGUCAAAAGAUGCCUAAGAGUGUUAUCACAAACGCCGACGCUGCGAUGAUCAAGGCAAUUCGCGAAGUCUUGCCAGACGUGUGGCACCGUAUAUGUACGUGGCACAUAGAGAAAAAUAUGAAGAUUCACCUCAAUCACAAGUCCUUGAAGGAGUUCCGAACUCUUCUGUACUACAGCACGUCCACAGUAACGUUUGAGGAGAGAUGGCACGCAUUUUCCAAAAGAUGGCAGUCGGAAAAAACUGUAACAUGGUUGAGGCGGAUGUAUAAAAAGAGGAGACCGUGGGCCGCGGCAUAUCUAACAGAGGGGUUUUGGCUUGGCAUGAAAAGCAACCAGCGGAGUGAAAGUCUGAACUCAUGCCUUCACCUCCACCUAGACGGCGAAAUGACCCUGGUGGACAUGAUUUUGCACUAUGAGAACGCCGUUGUGAGUAUCCGUGAAAACGAGGCGCGAGAUGACUGCACGGCCUCACAGAGUUUACCGAUGGCAGUUACUAGCUCGAGGGAACUUGAGAUAGCUGCUUCUCACGUCUUCACUCCAGCAAACUUCUAUAUGUUGCAAGAUGAUCUUAGAAAAAUUGAUGGCAUGGAGAUUAUAGAAAUAAAGCUGGAAGAUGAAUCACAGCAGUACAUCGUGGCCUGGAAGAAUAACCGGAAGCAUCGUUUUUGGGUGGAGUAUACACCAGUAAAUUCCGCAGAAACUAUAAGGUGCAGCUGCAGAAGAAUGAUUCGAAAGGGUCUACCUUGCAAGCACAUAUUCCAUGUACUGAAGCAUUUGAACAUAUCUGAAAUACCAAAGUGUUUAGUUCUUAUUCGGUUCACGAAAGAAGCAAGGUUGGGACUGCCCGCGAGGCGCACAAGCGAUCUGUUGGGAUUUGGUUGGACUGGGGCCUGGAAAAGAAUGAAAUAUAGCCAGGUCAGUGUGUUAGCAUCUGAAGCUAUACAUGCGGCAUGCAAACACCCUGCUUUGUGGGAUCAGUUACAGGAGAGUUUGAAGGAUGUGAUAGCUAAGAGUCAUGAGUAUGAUCUGCUACAGGAAAAUUUGUUGAAGCAAACAAAUGACAUCAGUAAGUGUGCAGUUGAAUAUGUGGAUGAUGAUGAAGGCAACAUGAUUGAGGUUAAAGAUCCUAUGAAAGUGUCAAGCAAAGGUGCAACAAAGGUAGAUGAGAGCCGCCCUGUCUCGAAAAAUGGUAGACCACUCUCUAUUGAUGAGUUGAAAAUCCGGUGCGGCGCUUGCAACUUGGUUGGACACACUAGACAUAGCAAGAAAUGCAAACUAAAUCAGAAAACUAGAGAGGGAACAAGAGUAGAACACUUACUUCAAUUAUUUACUGUGUUAAUCGGCCGGCUCAUACUUUGGCUAAGGUAGCUGUAGGCGCUUGUGUUUCUUUGGUUUGGAGGCUUUCGCCCCCUGAUUGUAUCCUUAGUGUAUUAGCAGACGAGAUCCCAGUCUUUGUUUAAAUAAAGUAAGAUGUUUCCCUCUAAACAAAAAUCAAAAAAAUUCUUUACUGUGUAAUGACCGGGACGGGAGGUAGAAAGAAUAUUGUACAUUUCCCCUGCCCACGUCCUAAAUGCCAUUAAAUAAGUAACUGUACCACUCUCCUCCCCACCACACACUCACCCACCUCCCACGGGCGCCGGUUCGAACUCCCCUCUUAUCCCCACCUACAAUAGAUCGAGAAUACCCUCGCCGGCGACCGCUGCAGCCGCCUCCAUGGAGAGAAGCCUCGGCUGGCAGAGAGCGAUGAUGGACCUCGCCGACGAUGACGAGGGGUGGCGCGCGUAGUUGACGGAGGUGUGCGGCUGGUUCCCCAGCACGGAGAUGUUGGUCAACCACGCGCGUGGCCUCGUCAAAGUCCUCACCGACGUCGAGAGGAAGCGCGCCUUCCCCUACGGCCACGGCGUCCCAUCGGCUGUCCUACUCGUGUGGGCAAUGCGAGAGGCCACGCUGAGCGACUCCCCUGUUUAGCGCGCAAGGUGGUGGAUGUACCGCUCCACCACCAUGACGCUGCGGCCAGAUUCAGCACGCAUCGCGUCGAGGGCGGACCGCGUCGACGUCGAGCUCGCUCUCCCUGCGCCCGUCAGCCCGGACUACCAGGUCCACCACGUGUCGAAGCCAGUGCUGCCGUUGGGCUCUGACGUCGUGGAGGACGACGUGCAGGAGGUACUGGUCAUCCUUGAUGACCAUGAGGAGGGCGAGGAGGACGCUGUGCAGAUGGUAGCGCCGGUCGCCGUCGAGGGUGGCAAGACAAUGCCCAUCGACGUCGAGCCCCUUCCCCUCCUCCCUGACAUAGUGGAUGUGGAAUAAGAGGAGGUGGCUCAGGAUCAGUUGGCGCAGCUGUCGAACAGAACGGCGGUCAUGAAGAAGGCUUCUCCGUGUGUGGUGCGCUGCUCACGCCGCCUCAAAUUUCUGAAGAAGUGAAGAUGGGCACAGUUGCUGAAGGAGGAGGAAUGUAGCGACCC